AUGCAACAACCGCGACAAAAGCAGUAUCGUCAACCAUUACUAACUACUGUGACCACCAAUACAGCAACAACAACAUCAACGACUAAUACUACUACUGCUACUACUUCUACUGUUAGUAGUAAUGCUUCAUGUCCUAAAUUAAAGUCAACAACACCUUUCCAAUUUCCACCUCCACCGGUACUAAUUGGUUUAGAUGACAGACGUAUAUUAACUCAUUAUAUUGAUGGUCAUGUUAUCUAUGAAAGUGAUAAACCAUUCCCUGUAAGUGUGUAG